GCUCAUUUCAACGUCCCUGUUACUUCGAAACAACGAUCGAAAAGGGCAGAAAGGGUGUGAGUCAACAUGAGCGGAUAAGGAUAUCGCAAUCGAAAUUCAAUUGGCAUCACAAUUACACGAUAUACGGAAGCAUGGCAUAUCUCACUCGGCUCACAGGUCUCGUGAGACCAGCGGCGGCAGCGCGAAGUAAUUGCUUGAGAGCAAGCUUCAGCACCACUAGCCAACGUCGAAAUGCGAGCGUCAAGGAUGAAGCAGUCUUAAACAAGGUCAGCAGAAACAUUACGCAGCCAAAGAGUCAAGGCGCAUCGCAAGCCAUGUUGUAUGCCACUGGCUUGAAAGAGGAGGAUAUGAAUAAGGCGCAGGUUGGCAUUAGCAGCGUUUGGUACUCUGGCAAUCCAUGCAACAUGCAUUUGAUGGACCUGAACAACAUGGUCAAGGAAGGCGUAGCUAAGGCUGGACUCAUCCCGAUGCAGUUCAAUACUGUGGGCGUCUCAGAUGCUAUCUCGAUGGGCACAAAGGGAAUGCGUUAUUCGCUCCAGUCGCGUGAUCUGAUUGCAGAUAGCAUUGAGACCGUCAUGGGUGGGCAGUGGUAUGAUGCAAACAUUUCCAUUCCUGGAUGUGACAAGAACAUGCCGGGCGUAGUCAUGGCCAUGGGACGUGUGAAUCGCCCGUCGAUUAUGGUGUAUGGAGGUACUAUACAGCCUGGCUGCGCGAAGACCCUCGGUAACCAGACGAUCGACAUCGUCUCAGCUUUCCAGUCUUAUGGUCAAUUCAUCACAGGCGAGAUCACUGAAGAGCAGAGAUUCGACAUCAAUAGACAUGCAUGUCCUGGUGCUGGUGCAUGUGGUGGCAUGUAUACCGCGAACACCAUGGCAACAGCAAUUGAGACCAUCGGUCUCACGUUGCCUGGCUCAUCUUCUAACCCUGCUGAGUCAAAGGCAAAACAAAUCGAAUGUCUUGCUGCAGGUGAAGCGAUCAAAAACCUGCUCAAGGAAGACAUUCGGCCGAAGGAUAUCAUCACGCGGAAAGCGCUCGAAAAUGCAAUGGUUGUAACCAUGGUUCUUGGAGGGUCAACAAAUGCUGUGCUUCAUCUGAUCGCCAUUGCGGAUAGCGUUGGUAUCCCUCUAACCAUUGACGACUUCCAGGCCGUCAGCGACCGCACACCUUUCCUUGCCGACCUCAAACCAUCUGGCAAAUAUGUCAUGGCCGACGUCUUCGCUAUGGGUGGAACUCCUUCCUUACUUAAGUUCUUAAUCAAGGAGGGUGUCAUUGACGGUUCUACUAUGACCGUAACUGGCAAGACCAUGAAAGAGAACGUGCAGAAUGUACCAGAUUUUCCUUCGGAUCAGAAAAUCAUUCGUCCGUUUUCCGACCCCAUCAAACCCACUGGUCACAUCCAGAUCCUUCGUGGGUCGCUGGCUCCUGGCGGAUCCGUCGGCAAGAUCACUGGAAAGGAGGGUACCCGGUUCAAAGGCAAGGCCAAGGUCUACGAUGCUGAGGACCUAUUCAUUGAAGCUCUCGAGCGCGGUGAAAUUAAAAAGGGAGAGAAAACUGUAGUCGUUAUCCGCUAUGAAGGGCCAAAGGGUGGACCAGGCAUGCCAGAAAUGCUAAAGCCAUCAUCGGCUAUCAUGGGUGCUGGUUUAGGACACGAUUGUGCUCUCAUCACUGACGGUCGCUUCUCUGGCGGCAGCCACGGCUUUUUGAUUGGCCAUAUUGUCCCAGAAGCACAAGAAGGAGGCCCAAUUGCGCUCGUUAAGGAUGGUGACGAGAUCGAAAUAGAUGCCGAGAUCAGGGAGCUCAACCUUUUGAUUAGCGACGCCGAAAUGGAGAAGAGAAGGAAGGAAUUCAAGGCACCACCACUCAAGUAUUCAAAGGGAACCCUGUACAAGUAUGCGCGAAAUGUGGUGGAUGCCAGCAGAGGGUGUAUUACUGAUGCACCUGAGCCUUAAGUGAUUCUCGGAGCUGGGCAGCUUCAUUGCGGAGUUAAUGGGGAACGUUUAAUUCUUGAACUAAAUCAUGUGGUAAAAAACGUUAGGUCAGAAAGUAGUUGAUGCUGUUAAGCAAUAUGUUCAAUUGUGAGCGGCCGACACAACCUUCACAGUGUCCAGCUCUUCAGCUCCUCCA